UAUCAAUAUCAAUUCGUUGAUAUUGCCGUAUGCCAGCAGCAAAAGCACUCUGAUUACACCAUGUCACGACGUUUACUGUACCUGCUAUCCUUGAUAGCAAGCUCAACCGCACAGUCCUCAGUCUGGAGCUUCCUACCUAAAUGUGCGGUAUGUAUACCCCUCUCCAACACACGCAAUUGGCCGCUAACAUCUAUUUCAAGCAACCAUGCGUUGAACAAGCCGCACUCUACACAACAAACUGCGAUUCGACGGACUACGGCUGUUUCUGCGCCAGCUCCCUGUUCCAUCAACUCUCGUCGUGUUGCGUGCGCUCCGCCUGCGAUUCUUACGAUGUUUCGCUGGUUUGGUCGGAGAGUCAGGGGUUCUGCAGAGCAUACGACGUCACGGUUACCAGUGUCGCUGCGACGGCGUGUAGUAGCACGUAUGGCGUGAGUGCGACAGAUGCGAGUGCGAUAGAUACGGCGAUACCAACAGCGACAGCAACGUCAGGAACAGACGCAUCAGACAGCACAAUCACCGCAGCACAAGCCCCCGCGACAGUCACCGCCACCGUCUCAGUCUCCGGCACCUAUAUUGCGACAGUCACAUACACCUACCACGGCACAGCAGCAGCCGCAGCAACGGAUACCUCAUCAUCGUCGUCCGGCUCAGGAUCAGAUUCCGGUUCGAGCUCGGGCUCGUCCUCCUCAAUCCCCGGCCUGACUACCUCCAACCAAAAAACCAGCAGCGGCCUCAGCACAGGCGCGAAGAUCGGCAUUGGCGUUGGCAGCGGCGUGGGCGGGUUACUCUUGAUCGCGGCGGUGGCAUUUGCGAUAUACAAGUGCGUGACACGGGGACGGCCGAGCCCUAACACUCCGGCGACAGCAACAACGGCAUACGCGCCUAUCGCGCCGUCGUCAGGCGAGGUUGAUGAGAAAGGGAUGUAUAAUAAUAAGAGCGAGAUGGAUGCCGCGCAACUGGCGAGUGUCCAGCAACAAUCACAGCAGGAACGGUCGGUCUCGCCGUUACAGAAUGAGCAGUCUGCAUCGAGCCAUAAUGCAUCGACAGCUGUUGCGGCGCCGGUGUCGCCUGUUAGUACCCCAUCGAACGGGGCGAAUGAGUUGCAGGCUACGCAGCAGGGAUAUUAUCAUUAUCCAAGCGGAGGAGCGCAGGAGUUGGGUGGAUACGCGCAGAGUCAGCAGCAGAACGUGCAGUAUCAGUACCACGAGCACAUGCAGCAACCAGAGCUGCAUGGUGAGAGCUGGAGUCCUGGGCAGAUGGAAAUGCCGGGGAGCACGCCGCAUCCGAGGUAUGAGUUGCAGUGACAUGAUAACGCAUUGGUCUGGAAUUUGGCAUUUGAUGUAGCGAGUUCAUCGAGGCAGCUUUGGCUGUGCUAUAAUGGAUGAUAUGUAAAUACAAAAUGAAUGA